CAGAUCAUGUUGUUUUGGCGGUAGGAUUAUGAUAUAAAACUGCUCUUUUUUGGCUUGCAUGGCAUCAUUGUUUCAUUUGUACCUGAGGAGGACGAUAUUGCCGAACUGUUGUGCGAUAGCAUGGCCAAUCCGCCAGAUCCGAGUCCACACGUCCGCAUUCAUGGCGACGCCGUACCCUCACCGUGGUGUUCUAUACAUUACUAUGAGCUGAACAGGCCCGUUGGUCUAUGGGUCUUGGAGAACAGCAACAAGACCUCCAUUGUCGUUGAUGGCUCCUUCACAGGUCCUGACCAGCAGCAAGACCGAUUCUCACUGGGCCUCCUCUCCAACCCAGAUCGUGAUACUGAUAGCUCCAUUGACAGAGCCCGCAAGCACAUUGGCAGAGGCAUGCGUAUGGACUAUAUUGGUGGUGAAGUGUUUGUCGAAUGCCUGAGCGAGGCCAGCCUGUUUGUGCAGUCGCGCAACGCCAAUAUCAUUAAUCACGUCCACCCAGCUACCGUGUGCAAGCUGACCAAGACACACAACAUGAGGGUCUUCGACAACCCACGGUUUGAUGCUGAUCUGACUGAAGCUGUACAUCAGGGACGCGAUGCAGUCAGCAAACUCGCCUCUAAGUGCCGUUUCAAAGUGAGCUUUGUCAAGGGCUGGGGCCCAGGGUAUCACCGAAAGCAGGUGACAAGUACUCCGUGUUGGAUUGAAGUCACUCUGCACUAUCCCCUGCAGUUGAUCGACAAUGUCGUUUCGCAAAUGGAUGCCGCCCAUCAGCCGCCCAGCUCUACAUCCUGAAUGCUGCUGCUGCUAUCAGGCCAUGCGCUGCUUUGGUGUGUUGCGGGUGGCGGUGUGUGUGUGUGUUUGUGUGUGCGCGCGCGUGUGUGUGGGUGUGUGCGUGUUAGUUUGGUGCGUCCAGGUGACUCUAGAGAGUGGUCAGUGGUGAAGAAGCAUUAUUCUACUAUGGAUUAGCAGGUAGACACAGCAUUGAGAACCUGGCUGCUAGAGGUAAAACAUAACCCGAAACUUGAGUAUGGUAGUAAUCGUAGGCGAUCGCUUGUGAUCUCUUUUCUAGUCUUGCUCGUACCCCUAUUAGUGUUUUUUAUUACCUGUGUAUUUCUUUACGGUUUCAAUGAAACGGUGCCUUCCGUACAGUAAGUUGUCGUCGCCUCCUUUCGGUUGUCUUACGAGAGCAGUCCUGCCUGCUAGCUACCAAUCUGCCAUGUGUUUGAUUAUUAACAUGCCGUAGCUUGUUGCGCUACUUGUAAAUAUAUUCCUCUCGCUCGGCUGGUGUUUUUGGAUUAUGAUGUAGGACGCCCUGCCCUGUACAUAUAUCACUAUAAUUAUUAUUACUCUACGCCAUGUCCAUUGCAGGCAAGCAAACAAAGCAGUAGUUUAGUACAUGAAUAGCAAGCAUAAAACGAUGAUCGGUGGUGGCAGAGAAUGUACGUGUGUUUUUUCUAUCGAUAUCUUUUCGGUGCGGCGAAAUAGUCUAGUAUAACCCGUGCAGCGCUGGUCUUUCUCAGUACAUUAUUAUGAAACAAUCGAUUUGCUUCAUGCUGAUAGUCCUGAUCAUUGCCUCUUGUCCUUUUCGGUUUUUUUUUGUUUUUUUUUGGCACCUAUGAUCAGGGGAUGGCCUUUUUGGUGAAGAAGAAGAAGAAAAA